CAAGAUGCUAUAAACAAACUUCCAUUGAGACAUCCAAUUGACGUCAAAUUGUAUUGGAGAGCAUCUGAGUUAGGUCAGAAGGUUUUAUAUGAAACAGGUUGCUUCGACGAUGUUUAUGAGAUAACAGGAGAAGUUUCUCAGAAGAUAAGAGACUCACUUGAAUUUCCACGAACUGGACCCAUUGGAUGCGACAAGUUCGACUCAGAUGAAAAAAUAUACUAUGUCGACCUUAACGCUGCGUACAUGAGGUUUGUCCAAUAUAUCCCGACUGGAAUUCCAAACGAAGAUGGUGAGUUCCCAGGAAGGAACUAUACAGUUGGAAAAGUCAUACAACAACUGUAUGAUAUUAGGAAAGCUUCAAACCCCAAACUUGCAAUGACACUCAAAUUGCUUAUGAAUUCGACAUGGGGAUAUUCCAUUAAGAAACCUCAAGCGAUGAAGAGUAAACAUUAUGAGAAGGUCGACAACUUUGUUGAAAGGUUUUCUCCUUUUGUUUUGAAGUACGAAUUCACUCAAGGUCAAAGUGGCUUAGUAACCACAUUAAAACCUAUUGUCGAACAUUGGUCUUACCCUCAGUUCGCAAAGGCAGUCCUUGACAACUACAAUGAGUUCUUCUCCGAAGUCAAAUCCAAAGUGAAGGUUUACUAUGAGAACAUUGACGCACUCAUGACGAACGAAGAAGGAUACAACAAACUCAUUGAAAUGGGAAUGGUCGGUGAAAAGAUGGGUCAAUUCAAAUUGGACAAAAUUUUCACCGAAGUUCAUGUAAUAUCGAAAAGGAAAUAUUGGGGUGUUAAAGAAGAUGGUGAAAUAGUUAAACAUUGCAUGAAAUAA